UAGUUUCUUGUCCAUGCAUUAGGUAAUAGGUGUGAAUUUUCAGAAGUCUCUAAAUUCAAAGCAUUAAUGAACCACAAAUGGACUUUUAACAUAAUUGAAUCCCGGUUACUAUUCUUGACCUUUUCAUUUAUUUUCAGAAACCACUUCUCAUUUAAGUGACACUUAGCUACCAAGAAGAUUCACAGACUGAUUCAGAGUCGAGUAUGAUGUCCUCACCGUUGAAUGUUCAUAGAAUAUUUUUUCUCUUUCCAUAGUCUUCAGGAGCAACGCAAACGUCUAGGGGAUGUGGGAUUCUUAUAUGCUAACAUAUCUUUGGCAUUAACUCCCCCAACUAUUGAAUGCAAGGCACACUUCCCCGGCAUCCUAAACUGCUAAUUGAGGGACACCGGCGCAGAGCGGAGUCGUUCAAGGUCACUAGGGCAGCAGGUGCGGGACCUGAACCGGCGCGGCCGGCCCGUCUCCAUCUCCGAAGUCGGCUCAGCUCUCCGCCCACUCUUGGGACUCACCCUAGCCGGCUGUGACCUCACUGGGAGACCCUGGUCCGCCCGCCUUCCCGGUGACCCGGCUUGGAACCGCGCUUCUGGAAGGUUCCUCUGUGGCUGUCAGUGGGACGGCUCGGGGAAGCCGGGGCGGAGCCGGCGGCGGCCGGAGCUUCGGGCUACGCCUCCCGGGGCCGCUCCGCCACGCCUUUGGCGGAAGCCGCGCUCCGCCCGGCAGGAGACGCUGUAGUCGGGGGUCGGCGGCGGCGGCGGCGCCGCGCCAGCUCUUGCCCGCUCGCCCGCUCGCCCGCUCGCCCGCCGGCUUUCCGCCCGCCGGCUCUCCUCCCGCCGCAGGACCGGCGCGCUGCGCUCCAGUGGCCAUGCAGCGCCUGGCCAUGGACCUGCGGAUGUUGUCCCGGGAGCUCUCCCUCUACCUGGAGCACCAAGUCCGGGUGGGGUUCUUCGGCUCGGGGGUGGGCUUAUCCCUGAUCCUGGGCUUCAGCGUCGCUUAUGCCUGUUACUACCUGAGCAGCAUUGCCAAGAAACCCCAGUUAGUGACUGGGGGUGAGAGUUUCAGCCGCUUCCUUCAAGACCACUGUCCCGUGGUGACGGAAACGUACUACCCGACGGUCUGGUGCUGGGAGAGUCGAGGACAGACGCUGCUGAGACCUUUCAUCACUUCGAAGCCCCCGGUGCAGUACAGGAAUGAACUUAUUAAAACUGCAGAUGGAGGACAGAUUUCACUGGACUGGUUUGAUAAUGAUAACAGUACGUGUUAUAUGGAUGCCAGCACCAGACCUACUAUCUUAUUGUUGCCUGGCCUCACUGGAACAAGCAAGGAAUCAUAUAUCCUUCAUAUGAUCCAUCUUAGUGAAGAAUUAGGAUACAGAUGUGUGGUUUUUAACAACAGAGGAGUGGCGGGGGAGAAUCUCUUGACACCAAGGACUUACUGUUGUGCUAACACUGAAGACUUGGAGACAGUUAUUCACCAUGUACACAGCCUGUGCCCUUCUGCUCCUUUCCUGGCAGCAGGGGUUUCAAUGGGAGGAAUGCUGCUUCUAAAUUACCUGGGCAAAAUUGGGCCCAAAACUCCUUUGAUGGCAGCUGCAACUUUUUCCGUUGGUUGGAAUACCUUCGCUUGCUCAGAGUCACUGGAAAAACCGCUGAACUGGCUGCUUUUUAAUUACUAUUUGACAACCUGCCUUCAGUCUUCAGUUAAUAAGCACCGACAUAUGUUUGUAAAACAAGUUGAUAUGGAUCAUGUCAUGAAGGCUAAAUCCAUCAGAGAGUUUGAUAAGCGAUUCACUUCAGUCAUGUUUGGAUACCGAACAAUUGAUGAUUAUUAUACUGAUGCCAGUCCAAAUCAUAGACUGAAGUCAGUAGGAAUUCCAGUGUUGUGUCUUAAUUCUGUGGAUGAUGUUUUCUCACCCAGUCAUGCUAUUCCAAUAGAAACUGCUAAGCAAAACCCUAAUGUUGCUUUGGUCCUUACUUCUUAUGGAGGCCAUAUUGGUUUUCUGGAGGGAAUCUGGCCAAGGCAAUCCACUUACAUGGAUCGUGUCUUCAAGCAAUUUGUGCAAGCCAUGGUUGAGCAUGGACAUGAACUCUCUAACAUAUAGUUCUUUGGGUGCAUUUUGUCCGAACCACAAUUGUGAAGGCAGCUCAGGUUAGUGCACAAAUUUUAACUACUGUAUAUAAAGCAAAUAAGCCAGCAGAUGGGUGAAGAGGUCCAGAAUGAUAUGCAAAAACUACUUUUUAGAGAAAUAAAACAACUUUGUAGCAACGAAUUAAAUAUAGUAUUAGAUUGUUACUUAUGUAGAUUUUAUUUUUACUAUGCCUUACCAAGUACGACCUUAAAGUAGUACGUACAUGAAAUUGCACUUAACCAAAACUAUUGUGUAAAAAAAUUUUAAUUCCUCAGGGUUUUAAUUUAGACUAGUAUUUUUUUAGAUUAUUCAUUUUAGAUGAUUUAAUGGUACUUUAAUAACUGUUAAGAGAUACUGGUUAUUUGAAUGUAAGUUAUAAGUUGGUACAUUCCUAGGGGUAUUUAUAGAUAAUGAUGAUAACAUGAAAACUGAAAUCAGAUAAAAUACAAUGCACUAAGUCUUCUAUGUGUUCUAACUUUAAAAGGCAAGUGCAACAAUGUUAGACUGACUUCUAUAUGUGCUCUUUUACUCUGAUAAUAUUAAAUUAGGGCUAACUUAUGUUUUAUAAUGAUUAUAAUUUACAUGCUUAUUUUUAAAAUAGCAUAUGUGCACACAUAUAUAUCAUCAUAUUAAAAUAAAUUCUACCAUUUUAAAUUGG